CUCGGGCGCGGCCCCAGCCGCUGUGUCUGUCCGUGGGCCCCAGAACGCAAGGCGGAACCUCCGGGGGUGUCGGUGACCGGAGAGCGGGCGCUGGUCCCUGCGGCGAGCCGGCCGUGGGGGCUCUGAGCUGCGCCUAGGGGCUGGUUCGACGUGUGGAGAGGUUGGAAGGUGUUUAAAUGGCUUGUGGGAGCCUCAGGUGCCGGUCACUGCCUCAGAGGAUCCUCUGGCCACUGGUGACGCUCGCCCGAACACGCACAGUUUACACCUAUUCUGCCAGCCCACCUCCGCAGCGGGCUAGUGGAUCCUCACAGGGAGGCUCUCUAAACCCAACGCUUGUGUUCUGCAGCCUCUGGUCUUCAAUGGUUUUGAAAUUUCUAUAAUGAAAGUAGAAUUUUGUCGUGAGUUUGUUUUCACGUUAGUCUUUCUGCCCCGUCCUUCAGUGAAAAUUGCUGCUGAAAUAUUUGGGCUGGCAGUCUUAGCCAUCAAACACCAACUUUAGAGUGCUGGCUAGAACCUGCCAAAAUGCUCCCCAGUCUCUCUGGGCCUGUGAACAAAUGAUCAAUAAUAACCGGGUGGAUGCACCAUGCUCAGCUGAGUCUGGUCCCAGGGCAGCAGGAGGGAUGAUGACACCGCUCAGGUGCUGUGUACUCGAGAGAAAAGUGGGACCUUAUCCUUUGAACUUUAUUAUCUCAAUCCUUGUGUUUUUAUAUCCAGUUCCUAGAAGAAGCUGGGGCAUCUGAAAGCUCUGGCUUAGAGGAAAUCCCAGUAGGAUUUUCAGAGUACCCAGAGCACAGAAAUAACAUGGAUCAUAUCCAGGGCACUGUAUUACCAGAAGAGGGAAUUCCCUGUUGUUGGAAUUUCCUUCUUUCUGUAACCACUAGCUGUUAGACUGUUGCAAAAGAUUUCUCCAAGAUAGUUACUCAGGAACAGCAAUGAUAACUGGCAUCUAAGGAUGCCAUUAUGUUUAACCCUUUGUUCCUUCCAAGCAAUACAUACUUGUAUGCUUUGCAGUUUUCAAAACAGCUGUGGGUUGUAUUGCACAAUAAUUAGCUGUUGGGAAUCCUGGUACUGAAUGUCUUUUCUGUCAUUAUUUGAAAGUUUGUGGGUGUUCUUACAGCCAGAAAUUUUAACUCAAAGGAAAACAACUUUCUCCCUGUUUUUUUGUUUUGUUUGUUUGUUGGGAGGUUUGUUUGUUGGGGGGGUUGUUUGUUUGGGGUUUUGGUGGUUUUUUGCUGUUGAUGAUUAAGUGCUGCCAAGUAAAUGUUUCUAGCAGGAUGUUUGUGGAUUGUCACAUGUUUAAGUAUCUCUGCUCUUCCCAGCUCGCUCCUUUUGCUGUGACCUUUGUUUUCUCACAUUGGUUGUAUUUGUCUAUUUGUUCUGGUAAUCUGAAAUCUUUAAGGGCCUCUAUCCUCUUAUCACUCUGUUAUUUGGACUAUAAAGAAAAAUGGGAAAAGAAGCCAUCCCUCUACUAAGAUAACUGUCUGUAUAUUUAAGCACCCCAGAGUUAAACAUUGCUCUUUACUCGAUUACGGGAAGAGAGACAACUUGCCUCACAGGAGAGACAGAGGACAAUUCAGAGAGUUGAGGAGGAGUUGAAACCUGGCUGGAAUUUUCCUGGGAUUUCUUGGGCUCUUCUCCUUUGGCAAGUGGAGAAUUACAGAAAAAUGUUCACUCCUCUGGAGCUGACGUUGGCUCUGCGAUGGACUGGUGUCCUGCUGUUACUGGAUCUCCAGGAAAUACACGCUGAGCUCACACUGAGACCCCACAGCUGAACCCUAAAAAUCCAAGAGUCCACAAAUGACUAACUAAGGUCUCUGUUCUCAUGAUUUAUGUGAUUUUCUUUUCCUGGAGCCAUGGAUGAAUACAGUCCUUUUGUGGACUGGGACAGGAUGGAUGUGAGUGCCCAGAGCCAGGAUACAAAAGAGCUCACCUGCACAGACUUCCAUGAACUCAAGCAGCUGGCCCGGCAGGGCUACUGGGCCAAAAACCACUCUCUGAGAGCCAAAAUGUACCACAAACUCAUCAGCAAUAUCCCGUGCCGUACAGUGACCCCAGAUGCAAACGUGUACCGGGACAUUGUGGUGAAGAUCAUUGGAAAACGCAGCAGCGGCUCCCUUCCGCUGCCGGAGUUCGUGGACAACAGCCUGAUCCCUACGUAUUGCCUGAAUGCAGAGGGUGUUGGGGCCAUCAGGAAGAUCAUUCUGUGCAUCGCCAAUCAGUUUCCAGACAUCUCGUUCUGCCCGGCGCUGCCCUCGGUGAUUGCGCUGCUCCUGCACUACAGCAAGGACGAGGCCGAGUGCUUUGAGCAGGUCUGUCGCAUCCUGGCUUGCAACGACCCGUCCAAGCGGCUCAUUGACCAGACCUUCCUGGCCUUCGAGUCCUCCUGCAUGACCUUUGGGGACCUGGUGAACAAGUACUGCCAGGCAGCCCACAAGCUGAUGGUGGCAGUGUCCGAGGACGUGCUGGAGGUGUACUCGGACUGGCAGCGGUGGCUCUUUGGAGAGCUGCCCAUGGCAUACAUUGCACGGGUCUUUGAUGUCUUCCUGGUGGAAGGGUACAAAGUUCUCUAUCGCGUCGCGCUGGCUCUUCUGAAAUUCUUUCACAAAGUCAGAGCUGGGCAGCCCAUGGAGUCUGACAGCAUCCAGCAGGACAUUCGAGCCUUCGUGAGGGACAUCGCCAAGUCGGUGUCCCCAGAGAGGCUCUUGGAAAAAGCCUUUGCUAUCCGCCUUUUCUCUCGGAAGGAGAUCCAGCUCCUGCAGAUGGCCAAUGAGAAAGCUUUGCAGCAGAAGGGCAUCACGGUCAAACAGAAAAGUCUUGCACCUCCCAAAAGGCAGAAUGUGCACUUGGCUGUUCACGCUGAGAACUUCAAAUCAGAAAUUGUCAGUGUAAAGGAGAUGCGGGAUAUCUGGUCAUGGAUCCCAGAGCGAUUUGCACUGUGCCAGCCCCUCCUGCUUUUCACCACCUUGGAACAUGGCUGUAGUCUGAGCCGGUUCUAUUCCCACAGUGAGGGACAUGAACCAACUCUGCUCCUCAUCAAGACAACAGCAAAAGAGGUGUGUGGGGCUUACCUGUCCACUGACUGGAGCGAGCGCCGUCGAGGAGGGAACAAGCUGAGUUUCUUUGGAACUGGGGAGUGCUUUGUGUUUAGGCUGCAGCCAGAAGUGGAACGCUACGAGUGGGUGAUCAUAAAACACCCAGAACUAGCCUCGACUGGAUCAGAGACAGAAAACCAUGCCCAACCAGCUUCUAGCACCCUUUCCUCCAGCAGCAACCCCUCAGAUCGCCUUUCUCCCUUCUUAGCAGCUAGGCACUUCAAUUUGCCUUCCAAAACAGCCUCCAUGUUCAUGGCUGGCAGCAGCGAGUGCAUCAUUGUAGGAGGUGGUGAUGGCCAAGCUCUGUAUCUCGAUGCAGACCUGAACCACGGGAGAACCAGCCACUGCAACACUUUCAAUAACCAGCCACUGUGCUCUGAGAGCUUUCAGAUCUCCAUCCUGGAGGUGUGGGGCUUCAGGGACACCAUGAGUGGUUGAUGUGACUAUCAUUAAUCAGCUAGUUUUUCAGUUGUCCAAGGUAAAUUCUGAUACAGGAGCUAAGCAUGCUUUCAGCUGGGCUCAGUGCUGUAAGACAUUCCUAAGUGGUACACUUGGAUUCAGGCCUAGUUUACUCUUAUUUUAUUUAAGACAGGUCAAGGUGAAGUAAUGUAUCUGAAUAACUGCUUGUCCCUUUACCUCUAGAGAUCUGUAUUCAGGGACUGUUGGUAAAAAUGAAAAUCUUAUGAGCUCAGAUCCAUGCUAAAUGGAUACAGGUCCAAAUCAUGGGAUAUGUUUGAGUCCACAGUUCCUUGGAGGCACGGCCAUGGCUGAGCUGUGCUGCAGAGCUCUGAGCCACUGGCACCAGUUCCCUGCCUGAGCCAGGAAUAUCAAACGUCUUCUCAUAGGGAGCACUGGUGAUUCAGCUUUGACAUAAAACAGCAAUUCAUAAAAUUGCCCUCCUAUGAGCAGACUUUGUGAGGACAAAUCAGUACCAUUAAGAAGUUAUGAAGCUAUUCAUUCACCAGAACCAUGAUUGCUGAUCUUCUUGUACCAGAACCUUUAAUGUGUUCCAGUUGUAUAUGUUUGAUCAGUCUGCCUCCGAGAAAGGCAUUCAGGCUGGACGGUGAUAUCUCCCAGUCUUGAUUUUGUUUACAUUCCUAUUCCAUAUCAGUAUGAUGACUUCAGAGUGACUCCCUGUGUCAGGCAGCUGAAAGCUAGAGGGUCGCUGCAGUGCUCAGAAAUGUCCCUUUCCUCAUCUUUCCUGGGAGCUGAAAUGAAGCUUUAACUCUGGAAAUAACUGUGUUGAUAUCCCCGUGUGACUGGGGAAUUAGACAUGGUGAUAACGGGAGCUUAAUCCUCUCCCCACAAGUAAAGAAAGGAAGGCAGGAGGCAAAUCUGGGAGUGAAUGAGUUUCCCAGGAGAACUGGAGCCAACACUGUUUCUCCAGAUGUCGUCCCAGUGAUGGAUCCCUCCUGAGAAGGUAACCGUUUUCUUCCUGUAUGUUCUGGUAGGGUUUGGGUGAUGCAAUGAGGCUUUGCUCAUUCUUGAGCAUUCCUACAUUCUCUGUAGGUAUGCCCUGAGUCAUGUGAUGUCUGGAGGCAAUUCCCCAGAGUCUUUAUCCAAAAAUUGCACUAUCUGUUGUGGAACUUCUCCCACAUGAAGUACAAAUACAUAAACAUGAGUGAGUUGUCCAGAGCAUACAACAGGAUGCUCAGAGUUUCAGUGAGUAACUCACUCAUAAGAUUUAUCACAACAGGGAAAAUGAAGGGGACGAGAAAUUGCUGAUUUUCUAAACAGUUCAAUCUGAAAAAUAGCUGCAGUGUGGGUUUGCUACUCAAUGUUAUUGCUACUUAAGCUUGAAGUUCAUUAAAAGGAAAAAUUUAAAUGAAUAAUGUUAAAAGCUAGGCUGGACAGGGUCACAUUCAUAUUCAGAGGUCAGAGGUGAGUUUUGGGUCAUGUUGGCUUGUCCAGCUUACCAGCCAUGACAGUACCUCAUAGCUUGGUAAAGAGUUGCUUCUUGCAGAGUAUGUGAAUAAACUUGGCAAAAAUAAGAUUUUCUUUUUAAGGUGCCAUUUUGAAUUUUUGUCAAAAUAACUCUGAAAAAUUAGCCUAUGUGUAGAACAGUUUAAGAUGUCUUUUGCACCAUUUGUAUUUGCAACUGGAUUCUCUCACCCUGUCUGAGAGUCAGCAUUGGGCCUCCGUUUCUCCUUCCCACACAAUGGGUUCUGCUUAGUUGUCUUUUCACAGGUUUACAAUAAGCUUGAUUGAACUGCAAGAGGUAAUUCAAUUAUACUGAUAUAUUUUGAUGUGAAAGAACUCAGUCAUAUCUAGCUUUUUGCAAACACUGGCUGAUGCUGCCUUCUAUUUUUCCAAGCCACCCAUGUCAGUUUGCCCUUGCAGGUACCCCACGAGCUUCCUCAGACAAAAAAAAAAAAAAAAAAAAUCACUCCAAAAUAUAGGUUCUCCUUAGUGUAGGUGGGAUUUCCAUUUGGUUUGCAUCUCCUCUUUUGAGCCUGUCUGAGGAGAUAUCCUUGGGAGCAAAAAACAACUCAAAACCACAAUAGUAUUAUUUUCCAACUUGUUGUCAGAAAUUCCCUGGAGCUGUGUGUUGGUGUGAUUUGUGGGAGUGUAAUGUUCUACUCCAAAUGAAUAAAUUUUAUCUGCAAAAGCUUGGCUGCAUCUGGCAGUGUGAUGGGAUUUCCUCGCUCCCAACUCUGCUGGGUGCAACUAUGUCAAUACCUUGUCUUAAACUGUCUAAGAAACAUUCCUCAGAAACAUAUUCCUUUCCCUGCUCUGUUCUUAGUGCACAGUGAUUUGGGUGUUUGGAAUCUGAUGUAACUCCUGGUUGCUCCGAAACUCAUCAUAGGAUACUAGUGUGAGAAUCCAAGGAGCAGUACUGGAUGCCAGGCAUGGGACUGGUUUGGCUUGAUAAAAGCACUGCUCUGCCACAGCCACCCUGUGGGUCUGGUCUGUGUGGUUUGAACUGGAAUAGCCUGGAUGAGCAAGAAGCUGCAAUAAUCCAGGGAGAGCAGUUCUACAGUGCUGCAGCAACUUCACACAAUCUUUGUGUUCAGUAAUGGAUAUUCCUUGUCAUGUGCAAAUACUCAUCCAUCAUUGCUGUUGUGGUUGUGAGACACCUUAGAAGAACAGUGUUUUGACUUGGUCAUCUUUCCAGUAGCCAAGAGGCAUUUUUCCUGUCUGUGUAGUUAAUUGUUGUUGCUGACCAACUGUAUAUCAAAGUUCAACCCCUUUGUUUCAUGCAAAGCUCUUGAGAUGGAGGCCACAGGCUAGUUUUGAAGACAAUGACUACAAUGGACACCUUAUCAGAAAAUGAAGUUAUCUCAAGUACUCCGGCCAUGAAGUGCUUUAGUCAGUUGUUACUUGCAGCUCUGAACAACUGUUGAAGUAGGCUGUAAUCCCUAUUUGUCGUCCUGCUGGCAGCAGUAAGUGUGCCAGUCACAGGAUGGGUGCGGGCUGGGUGUUGGUCACCACAGUUCUGCAAGAGCGUCUGUGCUUUCCUGAGAAGCUGCUUUUUGCUUUGUCAUAUUCCUUGAAGGCAGAAAGGAUUAGAAACUCCUGACAUCAGAAGCCUGAUUUGACUGUAAAUGGCAACCAAGCUGUUUGCAGGCCACAGAAACUCUAUCCAGCUGCAGCCAGGUUGGACAGGCUUCACUAAGCCUGAGUUGUCUUUCCUGCAGCUCCUGCACUUUGGCAUGCUUCUUUUUCUGAUGCAUCACAUUAAUCAACCUCCUGUUAACAGAGGCACAUUAGCAGAGGGAAGGCAAAAAUACUCAUUUCCUCUCUGGUGACAUAUCUGAAGUCAAAAUGGAGUGGGGGCCAGUACUGUUCUUUGAAGAGUUAAACCAUGCCAAUAGAGAUCUGUGGUGACCCACAGAGGGUGACGUGCAGAUCCAUCAACUGCUCUUCAUGUCUUUGUAUAGCAAUUGUGUACUUUGUCCUUGGAAAUUCAUCCUCAUUUUUGGUGGGGCAUGAUCUCCUCUGCCCGUGGAGACACUGAUGCCACAGCCAGAAGCUGACCCACAACCGUGACACUGUGAGAGCUCAGUUCCUGUGAGUGACACUGAGUCAGACUGUUGGGUACAGCCGAGGCAUGGGCACAUGGCUGUUCUGCAGCUCUCUCGUGAAUUUCAGACUAUUCAUUGUCAGGUUGAGUGUGUGUGUGUACUAUUUGGGGUGAUGUUUUCUUCAGAUGAGUGGUGCUGUGCUGCAAAAUUGGUUUUCUACCAUAUCUUGGAAUCACUGCCCUAUGUCAACAGUAUUUUUGUCACUGUGCAGGAUAUUGAUUAUAUUAAAGGUAUUUAACUGUG